CACCGCCGCUGCUGCGUGCUGCGCCAAUCAUAUGCCCUGAACAGAAAUUUACCAUUUCCUAUUCUGAAUCUUUGCCUGUAAACUGUUCCCGCUGUACACACUUCCGCUCCCUUCCUUUUACACACCCUGUCGCCUUUGGCCACUCCGGGUCUAAUAUCUUGAGGCACGUUCCCGCCCCAUCUACCGUCUUGGGUUGGCACGGUCGGCUUCAAGCAACGGUCAGGCUCAGUCGCGUUAUCGAUACCACGACUAUCUUAACGCCGCCAACUCCACCACAGUUACCUCGACACCACUUAGACAUUAUCUGUUUGUGUCUUUCUACAUGAGCGCCCUGAAAGAACGCCUGGCGCGAUUGGGUCUUGCCCAGUAUUCCGAGGUGUUCGCGACUGAAGGCUUCGACACCUGGGAAACCGUACUCGACAUCACUGAGUCUGACCUGAGCCACCUCAGCGUCAAACUUGGGCAUCGAAGAAAACUCCAACGAGCCAUCGCCGAAUCGAGAGGGCAGUCCUCGGACCAGCCAUUGAAAAUCGCACUUGCAAGAGGAGCAAGUGCGGAGGGCUCUUAUCGUAGUGACGAUUCCGCAAAUGAGACCAAGGGCAAGCAGAACCCAGCUACAGGAGAUGGAACCACCAGCACAAAUACGAAGCGGAAAUAUCGACGACACCCGAAGUCCGAUGAAAAUGCUCCAGAACGUCCCCCAUCGGCUUACGUAAUUUUCUCCAAUCAAGUUAGAGAACUCCUGAAAGGGCAAGACCUAUCCUUCACCGAAAUCGCUAAGGUCGUAGGUGAACGAUGGCAGGUGUUGCCAGCAGAGGAACGCGAGGCAUGUGAGCGCCAGGCCAAUGGUGCAAAAGAGAAGUACUAUGCGGGGCUUGCCGAAUACAAAAAGACUCUGCAAUACGAGGCAUACCAGAAGUAUCUGGAAGAAUUCAGAGCCAAGCACAAUGCGCCCACUAAAGGUUGGUCUUUCCACGAACUACAGAAUCUCAGUAACAGACUAGUGACUGUUCCAGAAGGCAAGCGAUCAAAAUUGGAGACAGAGACGAGUACGUCGACCCGAGCCAGCAGUCACAACCAACAUGAACGAGCAGUAAAUAGGCGACUGAGCACAGCAGUAACCGAUCUUCCUGGUGGACAGCAAGUACGAGGAUCCACUCCUCCGACUGGACCUGCACGUCUCCCAGCUGGACCAUCGUACCCAUCGAAACCGACAUCACCAUCUUCGCAUCCGUUAUCUGGCUUCAAUUCGCCACGAGGUGGGGAGCUUUACUCACCAGUCUCUGCAUCUCCUCACUCCAAUGUUUUGCACAGAGAUGCAUCGUUUGAGGAUCCUUCUAAUCAUUUGGCACGGGACAUGAGAGGAAAUUUAGACCCUUCCGCACCAUAUCAUCCUACUGCAUACACGCAGUCACAUCUACCGCCUACGACUAUGCGAAUGCCUAUAAAUAGUUACGCUUCGCACUACCAAAAUCCCGUCGAUCUACCAUCACGACGAUCAAACCGAGAGCCCACGUCACAUCUUCCAGGUCUCUCACAUGAAGACACGGCGUUGUCUUCAGAGAGCGGGCACAGCAACUACAGCUUUCCCCAAGCUAUGCAACCCACCCCGAUGGACCCAGCAAAGUCGACGAGGAUACUCCCACAGCCUGUACCCAAUAUCGGGCCAGCACAGUCACCGUUAGAUCGAACAUUCCCCCAUCCACCUUCUGGACCACCUGCGCAUAUGCAACUUCCGCCGCCUGAUUAUCGAACCCAAGGAUCUCUCGCUGCUCUUGUCAGAGCUGGGGAAAUAGCAGCCCGGGUGGCAGAUGACAAAUCAAUAGAUAGGGACGACUCCCUUUGAGCAUUGCUCAGUGAAACUCAACGCAUUUAGCACAGCGCAAUCAUCGAUCGGUGAUGAGCACGACCACGAAGACUGCACGCCUGGCUCAUACACGCGUCGGGAUACCCGCACACGGACCGGACUCUCUACAUCCUAGAGUCAAAUCCGACUAUUUCUGGAUCGAUCUGACCAUACACGGCUUUACGAAUCCCAAUGAUACCCCGCAGCAUGUGGCCAAUACAAACUUUCCCGCGCAACACUAUUGAUACCAGCGCUACAAGCGCACAAGUCGAUGUUCAUUAUGCAUAUUUGUUAUUCAAGGCAGGGCGGCUCAUGGUAGCUGUAGCCUUCUUUUGAAAAUUAGCCAGCGUUCUGGGCCACCAAGGCAUGCAAAUCGCGAUCUGAACGCGUAUUGAGGGGUCAG